UUUAUGAACUUUCGAAGUGGAAUCAAGGUCAGUACUAGGCAGCAAUUCGUGAGACGAUAUAUUAUAUUACAAUGUCAGGCUCUCUAGGUACCUAUAUCUCGUCUCACGGUGGUGAACUUGAUCAUUCUCCAGGGCUCUGCCACAGCUGAAGGCUGACUCCUAAAGUCAGCGAAAAGACGACAAUAUACCUAGGACUUUUAACGCCUUAUAUUAAUCAGAUAUAACUACAUAGCCUUCCAGUUUCUGAAAGGUCCAUAAAAAUAUCACUUUAAUUUUCACUUAAUGGCGCAUAGGUAUUCUGUCCUCAUGAAUAUGAUCGCAGAAUUUCCGCAACGAAGAUCUCACUGGGGCUUGGCACAAUUGUGAAAUCCGCCAAUGCAAUGUCCCAGUAACAACAUCGUCACUACAUAUUAUUUAAAAGUUUUACCACCAAUAAGGCACGGUUAGUCUGAGAUAUUACAACACCACGUAUGCUUAACAAGACGUCGGUACAUGGGACUGCUUCCAGCACCCAUGUACCUUCUCAGGAUAGUUGGUUGAAGAAGAAUGUUCUAACAUUCGACGGGGGAGGCGUGAGAGGCUUCUAUAGUCUACUUUUCAUGCAAAGAUUAAUGCAAUUUAUUGCAUCUGAGGAAAAAGACAGGGGUCUGAUCAGCUUAGUUUCUAGAGAACCCCUAGGAACAAGAGAGAAACGAGUGACCAGUUUUUCUCCUUGUUGUGAGCCGCGCAAUCUAUCACACCGAGAUGGUAAUGAAGAUGGCUACACUCCCUUCUUGCCAUGCCAUUAUUUCGACUACAUUGGUGGAACAUCAACAGGGGGGCUAAUUGCGAUUAUGUUGGGGCGUUUCAGAAUGACCGUCGAAGACUGCAUUGAUGAAUACACUCAUCUCGCAGGGGACGUAUUCGGACAUCCUCGUCACCUUCAUGAUAUGAACACAUACGGUCUCAUCAAGCGCUGCAAGUACGAUACUAAAAGAUUCGAGGCUGUGAUCAAAGACGUGAUCGUCCGAAGAGUAGAAAGCGGGAGGAAUGAUCUUUCAAACGCUCUAUUCGACACAGAGCUUGGUCUCUGUCGGGUACUUGUUAUUGCAAACAGAAUUGCUUCUGAAGGUGUGGUUACCGACCUCAGACUUUUCCGGUCAUAUGAGAUCAAUAACCACCAAAAGCCAGAACGCCGACCAACGCAGCUCCUCUUCCCGAAGGAUCCGAGAGACGAACAUGGCGGAAGAUCGGGGGAUCUUUCAGUAUGGCAGGUAGCACGAGCGACCACUGCUGCACCCCUAUAUUUUGAGCCUAUGGAAAUAUUAACAGAUGGCAAUCCGAGGCAGGUGAGAACCAAUUCAUGGCCCAAGAAGUACGACAGCAGUCCGAAACCCUACCGGGAAAGACUCGAGGAUGGAGGUCUAGGCCAUGCGAAUAACCCAUCUAAAGUGAUGUACGACGAAUUGACAGAUAAUCUUCCCAAUAACAUGAGUAUUGGAACUUUUGUGAGCAUCGGGACUGCUCGACCGAUGGAGCAACCAACCGGUCCACGACUAUUCCGUAUAAUCAAAGGAAGCAUAUCACGCCUCGGAAACCCAGAACACAUACACAACCAAAUGAAAAACAUUGUAUCGAAGAACCAAUCUUUUUCUUAUUACCGUCUGAACCAGCCCAACGGCCUUUCCGGGAUUGAAAUGGACGACUGGGAUCCUAAGCCUUCGGGCAAAGAUACGAUGAAGAUGAUGAAAUCUACGUUUGAUGCCUAUAUUGGCAGUACAGAAAUGGUACGUUAUAUGCAGAGAUGCGCAAAAGAGUUAGUCACAGCAAGACGGGCUAGGGCCGAAGCGAAUCUGCCCAAGUGGGAAAGAUUCGCCGUAGGCAGGCAUUUUUAUUGCAGAAUCCCAAACUGUCCGGAUGACGAGGUCCGUCGCGAGAUCGACGAAGUUAAGUUCAUUGCCCACUUGAAAGACGGACAUAAUAUGAGAGAUGAUGAUAUCCAGGCAGCCCUGAGGGAGUGCGAAGGUCAGUGGGCAUACCGAGGACGUUAAUAUAUUGGAAAAGGGGCGCAGCAUUGUACAAACUUACCUCCCCAUCAAGCAGGCUGGCGUUAUUUUCAGCGUACUUCUUAUACGUGCUUUAACACUCUAGAGCUUCGGCGAUACUGCAAAGGCGAUCGUUGUUUCCAGUCCUAUUUACCUACCUACUAGGUAGGUAGAUAGUAGAUUCGAUAAUUACACAACUAAAGCAGAAAAAAUAUGCUU